AUGUUUACAAAUCAGACAUGGAAUAUUAAUUCAAGCACACAAUCAAUUCAAAAUGUAUCAAAUUUAAAUCUACAAACAACUUUAUUAUCAACAGUUACGAAUACACAGUCAACCUCAAUUUACCUGCAACCGGAAACACUAACGAUAAGUGGUAUUAAUGGUACACUCAUUACGGCUAAUACUUUGUUGAAUUUGACAUCAAAUUCACCACCAAUUUCUGACAAUUGCUUUUUUCCAUUUCAAUACGCUGGUCAGUGGUAUGAACGAUGUAUUAGUGACACUCUAAAUGAUAGUUGGUGUUCAGUAACGGACAAUUUCGAUCGAGAUCACAAAUGGAAAUACUGCAGAACACCACGCAUCAAAACAACAGGAGGAACGGGAAACGGUAGCAAUUGCCAGUUUCCAUUUACGUAUCAGGGUCGUUCAUUUUCGACUUGUAUUUAUCGUUCAACAAGCGCAUUUUCAUUUGCACUCUUUUGUUCUACAACGGACAAUCUCGAUAAAGAUGGAUCAUGGGGAUACUGUCUAGAUUAUGAAUCAUGUUAUUUUCCAUUUAUUUGGAAUGGCCAAAAAUAUUUUGAUUGUGUAACAGGUGUUUUAAGUGCUCGCUGGUGUGGUACAACAUCCAACUUUGAUCGAAAUAGAAUGUGGACAAACUGCCCUGUUACUUGCGAUGGAUAUCCUGCUCAAGACCAAAAUUCAGUUGGUUUUCGAAUGUUAUCAGAUCGGCAACCGUGUUUGUAUAAGGAAGCGCGUUCUCAAGAGACAGGUGUCAUUUUGAAAUAUUAUACAUUACCAACAUGUCAAUUAGAACCGUUAUGUAAAACUAAUUAUACAGCAUUAUUCCAAGAAAUUGAAUGUCGAGAAGAUGGAACAUAUAGUUAUCCAAUAGCAAUUUGUCUGCCGAGAUAG